CGGGGCGAGGGGAAGCAGCAGGGAGGGGGCUGGGCGUUGCUGGUGCCCGUCAGGGAAUCUUGUCCCCCCUGGGCCUCCGUCCGCGACCGGCUGGGGUGAGAGGUGACGUGACGGCUGCGUCCCCGGAAGCAGCGGGACGGGAGGGAGCAGCCGCCUGCCCACAGCCCCCCGCAGGGCCGGAGAAUGGUGCAGAGCCGCCCGCCCCGCCGCCUGUGAGCCCGGCCGCCGCCUCCGGCCCGCCCGGGGGCUUCUUCACCCUGCGCCGCCGGCUCAGUUUCUGCAACUGAAUCUGCUUGUGUGGACACCCUGCCCCCACUUCCACACAGACUUCCGUCGAAAUCUGCAUUGGACACAGAAGAGUGGGAGGCGUUGCUUGAACAUUAGAAAGGGCUGGGCACUGGAAAAUUUACAGUGAACUUCAGAGCCUGGAAGUGGAUCUAAUCAGAAUAAUGUUCAACAUAAACCCUUUGGAGAACCUGAAGGUUUACAUCAGCAGUCGCCCUCCUCUUGUGGUCUUUAUGAUCAGUGUAAGCGCGAUGGCAAUAGCUUUUCUGACACUGGGUUAUUUCUUUAAAAUCAAGGAGAUCAAGUCACCGGAAAUGACAGAGGAUUGGAAUACUUUCCUUCUGAGGUUUAAUGAUUUGGACUUCUGUACAUUAGAGAAUGAAACCUUAAAACAUCUCAUCAAUGAUACCACAACUCCAGAAAGUACUGUGACUAGCGGACAAGCCAGAUCUUCUACACAAUCGCCACAGACUCUUGAGGACUCUGGUCCAGUAAACAUCUCUGUGACCAUCACUCUGACACUGGACCCACUCAAACCAUUUGGCGGGUAUUCCCGUAAUGUCACACAUCUAAGUUCCACAAUUUUGGGGCAUCAGAUUGGACUCUCAGGCAGAGAAUCCCAUGAGGAGAUAAAUAUUACGUUCACCCUGCCUGCUGCUUGGAAUUCAGAUGACUGUGUUCUCCAUGGUCACUGUGAGCAGGUGGUAUUCACAACCUGUAUGACUGUCACAGCAGCCAGCAGUGUGUUUCCUGUCACAAUUCAGCCACCACAUUGUGUUCCUGAGACGUACAGCAAUGCUACCCUCUGGUACAAGAUCUUCACUACAGCCAGGGACUCAAAUACAAAAUAUGCACAAGAUUAUAACCCUUUCUGGUGUUACAAAGGAGCCAUUGGAAAAGUCUAUCAUGCUUUAAAUCCCAAACUAACUGUCAUAGUUCCUGAUGAUGAUCGCUCACUAAUAAACUUGCAUCUCAUGCAUACCAGUUAUUUUCUUUUUGUGAUGGUGAUUACAAUGUUCUGCUAUGCAGUUAUUAAAGGUAGACCAAGCAAACUGAGGCAAAGCAAUACAGAGUUCUGCCCUGAAAAAGUUGCUUUGUCAGAAGCAUAAUCCAUCUCCUCCUUUUACUGAAAAUGGCUGAGAACCAUAAUCAUUGCCUGCUGAACCCAGACUGGGUCUUAAGACUUUGUGAAUACAUUAUCUUGCAAUGUUGGUUUAUUCCAACCAAAGACAUUUCAAGUGCCUGUAAUUGAUUUGUACAUAUUUAUAAAAGUAUAUUCAGAUGAUGCACUUGUUCCGCAUAGUUGUGCGGCGAGAAUCUUAAAACUUUUACCUGUGGACAUAGCUGAAUGUUUGUGUAGAUAAUAGAUAUGUUUAGUGAUAAGGAUCACGUAGUCAGAGCAAGAUAUUUUUGUCUAGCUGCAUCUGGGCAUGUUAAGAUGCCUUUCCAAAUGUCUCAAACAAUACAAACCCUUUGUUUUUGCCCAAUAAUAUAUACAGCGUGUUUGAAACAGUAUGCAUCUUUGAUAUAAUAUUGCAUUUCCAAAGCCACUGAUCAUCUACAUAAAUUCAAUGUGUGUAUAUGGCUUAAUACUUUUUUCCACUUUCUCCUUGCUUGCAAGAAAAGAUAUCAACAUUUCUAGAUUAUUUUUUUUAAAGAGAAAUACAUAUUCACAUUUUAAUACUGCUGUAGUUAGGACAAACUUGUGCUUUUAUCCAGAAUUUAAUAAAAAAGGCAAAGUCUUGUUUUAAAAUCCUUUCUAUUGCAAAGUGCUAAGUUUCACUUUUCAUGUGACCUGCUGGAAUGGCAGAGCAUUGAUCAGCAUUGGGGUUGUAUGCAAAGCUUUCCACUUUGCCUCCUAUUCCUCUCCCCCCCCCCCCCCCCCCCCGCCAGGCUUUAAACCAGGAACUUCCUUGGAAUAAAAUAGCUUUUGGUAACCUGUCUAAAAAGUGGAUUUAAAAAAAAAGAUGCAUUCUAUUAGUAGUCAGUUGUGGCUCCAAGUAGCCUGGUGAAGUGCAAAUAACUAAGGGAAAAGGAAGAUACAGUAACUUAUGUGCUUCAUUUUGGACCUUCCACCCAACUCUAAAGGGCAGCUGAAAAUGACAUGUUUUUAUUAGCUUUGUUCAAUUUUUAUCUACUAUUGUCUACUGAGGGGAAGUUGACAACUAGUGGGCUAGUCCUGUUGUGAGUAAAUUGAGGGAAACCUUGAAAUUCGUAUUGGUCUUUGUGUCCAUUCUUAAAAUCAGAGCAGACUUGAUUUUUUUUGAGUGGUUUUGUUCUGUGGGUUUUUUCCCAUUUCUGGCUUAUUCAGUCUCUUUCCAGCCUGUCCUCCAGUUAGGUUUUUAAUUCUUGUAAGACAGAAGUUUCCUAUAGACACUUCCACCACGGCUUUUAAAAUCUCACUGGUUGCCUUAAUGACCCUUCAUGUCAUCUUUCAGCCUUCCUGUCAGGUAGUGCAAUUAUAAACGUGUGUGUACAUUUUUCUUUCAUAAGUUUCACACUGCCAUGUGAUACACGAAACCAUAAAUCCAAUUCAAAGAUUGUAAUCGCUGAUACGUUGGCAUAAAAUCCUCUGUGUUGAGACACUGUUGAAUGCACACUGUUGUGUUCUGAAGACCAUUUUAUGUAUUGUAUAAAAUUGAUUUAGGACUUUAAUGUAUUGAGGAUUCAUAUGUUUCUUUAGAAUGUUUGAAGCAAAACAAUCCAGACUUUUCUUCAGAAAAUAGUUCCUCAUAUAAUUGUGAUUGCUUUACACGGUGUAUUGGUUACUUCACUAAAAUGUGUUUUCUUUAGAUACCUUAAGAUUAAACUUUAGAGACAGCCAUUUAGUUUGAAAUCCAGAAAUGAAAUAACUAAGGCUUCUAAUCUUCAGUUGAAGCUACUGUUCACUGGUAAAACUCCACCAACGAAGCAGUAAAUUUACUGAAUACAAAUAUGGAGAAAGCUUAAAAUGAAAAUCUCUUCUUCUGCCCCUAACUUAUGCAUUCCCUGCCUUUUAUUUAGUACUUGUCUUUGAAACUGACUAGGGGUUAGUUCAAAAUUGAUAACUGUGGAAGGAGGUUGGUGCUGGUACAGUAAGUACCAAAAAAUGCCCUGAAAACACUUACAUCAUCAUGUAAAGAUAUUUUAAAUAAAUCCAAAAUCCAUGUUCUAAUUCAGCAAACUGUCAAACCCCAAAAGCGCCAAACAGAACUACCUAGACAGUCAAACACAAUUGUGUGUGUUGGGGGAACAGGUUUUUAUAGAAGAUGUUUUCGGUAAUUAGAGGGGCCAGCUUAAAAAACACAUAGUCAAACCCCACAAACAACUGCACUGCAACAAACAUUAAGCUCAGAUUGCAACCCACAAAUGCAAGGAGAUUAGCAUUAAGGGCAUAUUUUUCAUUCUUAACUUACCCCUUUGUACCUAGGUAUUGCAGCCCAUAGUCACCCAGUAGGCUGAGACUUUGUCAUACUUACGAGUGUUGGAUUGUACCUAGGCCCAGCGUACAAAAAUGAAAUGCAGCCAAGCAGAAGGGUAAAAACUUAAUAUUAAAGUGGUUGUUCGGAUCAUAUUGAUCUUUCCUUUUUGUUUUCUUUUUCUUUUUAACUAUGACUUGAAUCAGUUUUGAUUCUAUUUGUAAGUGUUUUCUUGUUGGUAGAAAGCUGCCAUUUCUGUUGCAUUUUUCUUUGGCAUUACAUAGAAAGUCUGAGCCGUGGUUUACAGCCUUCCUCUGCAGGUGAUGUAGGGUUAAGAUGGUAUUUUUUAAAAAAAACAUUUCACUUGUAUUGUUGCAUGAUGGUUAAUAGCUGAUUUGGUAAUGACACUUCUCUCCUAUAUUAAUUUUGUGUUUAUAAGAUGUGCAUAUUGCUUUGCAGAAUAAAAAAAAAUGUUUAUUCCGUUCUCUA